CCCCUUCAAAACAAUAUAACCUCUUAAUACGUGUUGAACUUUAAUUUUUUUUUACCUAAUUAAAUUAAUUACGUUAAAUGUUGAUGUUAGCAACCCAAAAGUAGAUUUGUUUAUUUAUAAUAUGUCAGGUGGUUCCGGCGAUGAGCAAAGAGAGGACGGUGAAUUAAGACAGAGCCCCAUUUCGCGUAGACAAAAAAUUAAUACAAUGGAAUACAGUGACGAAGAUGGUGAAACGAUCGAUUCAUUGGAUAUUAAGCCACCCCAAGCUUCAAUUCCAUCCCAAAGUCGAUCAAAAAGUCGUCGAGAACUGAAUGAACGCCACCAUAAACGUUCUGAGCGUCAUAAAGAAGAUCGACAUGGUCAUAGGCAAAAGCAUCACCGCGAACGCAAAGAUAGAGAACACCGCGAAAAAGAGCGUUAUUACAGAGAGAAGGUAAAUUAUGAAAAUUAUGGGUUAGAAUAUGUAGCUUAUCGAGCGUCUGAACGUAAAGAAGAGAAAAUGCGUCAUUCGGAUUUCCGUAAAUAUCAAGAGAAAAAGGAGAGGGAUCCCCACGAACGUUAUCCUGAAGAGAAACAUCGUCGUGAAAAAUCAAUGGGGGAUAGAACACUACAAGAUUUAAGAGAACGAUUAUUGAGUAAACGAGGAAACAAAGGUGAAGAUGAAUAUAAAUAUGAAAGGGGCGAGUCCCACCGUGAAAGAAAACCCAAAGAAUACGAAAGUUUAGAUAGCGCUUUACAAGGUGAGGCAGGAAUGUAUGUUAAAGAAAUAAUAAACAUAAGCACCGAAGAGAGGCGAAGCAAAAAAGAUCGCGAAGAAGAUAAAUUAACAGAAGAAGAGCGCGCAGAACAAGAUAUGCGUAGAGAAAAACUUUUAGAGGCAGAGCGCGAAAUGGCGCGACAAAAAGAGCAAUCGCGCAUCGAACGCGAACGUCGUCACAUUGAAAAACAAGCCAAAAGAAAAUUCGAAGAAGAAACAACCUUAGCUAAGAAACAACGCGUUGAAGAAGCAACCGUCACAGUUUCAGACAAUUCCGACGAAGAAUACGAAGAUAUUGAACGCGAAAUUGACGACGAUGAAGAAGAAGAAGAAGAGGAAGAAGUAAGCGAACGCAGUAGAAGUCGCCAACGAAGUACAAGCGUUGAAUCAAACACUAAUCAAUCAUUAAGUAGCCACGAAGAACGUUACGUUUCCGAUCAUCAUCAAUCUAAAUCAAGGAGUCGAUCCCAAAGCUCAGAAAAAGAUCGAAAUUUGAGUCGAUCAAGGUCGAGAACGCGAUCACCAUCGUUAGAUCGUAACGGAAAAGAAUUAGCUGUUGAUGAUAAAGAUGAUGAGCUCCUUGAAGAAAAAAAAGAUGAAACUAAUGAUGAGGAGAAAAAGCCGAAAUUCGAUGAGGAUUUACCACCGUAUUUUCCGGCGAUUCAAGGAUGUCGGUCUGUUGAGGAAUUUCAAUGUUUGAAUAAAAUUGAAGAAGGUACUUAUGGGGUUGUUUAUCGCGCUAGAGAUAAACGCACCGAAGAAAUCGUUGCUUUGAAACGGUUAAAAAUGGAAAAAGAAAAGGAGGGGUUUCCCAUAACAUCGUUACGCGAAAUUAAUACUUUAUUGAAAGGUCAACAUCCAAACAUAGUAACCGUGCGAGAAAUAGUCGUUGGAAGUAAUAUGGAUAAAAUUUUUAUCGUAAUGGAUUAUGUUGAGCACGAUUUAAAAUCGUUAAUGGAAACGAUGCGUCAUAAAAAGCAAACUUUUACCGCGGGCGAAGUUAAAUGUUUAUUAAAACAAUUAUUAGCCGCUGUAGCUCAUUUACAUGACAAUUGGAUUUUACAUCGCGAUUUAAAAACGUCCAAUCUGUUAUUAUCCCAUAAAGGAAUUUUGAAAGUUGGGGAUUUCGGUUUAGCUAGAGAAUACGGUUCCCCUUUGAAAGCUUACACCCCCAUUGUUGUAACUUUAUGGUAUCGCGCCCCCGAAUUAUUAUUAUGCACCAAAGAAUAUUCAACACCCAUCGACAUUUGGUCCGUUGGAUGUAUAUUCGCCGAAUUAUUAUUAAUGAACGCAUAUUUUCCCGGAAAAUCCGAAGUUGAUCAAUUAAACAAAGUUUUUAAGGAACUCGGAACGCCGAGCGAAAAAAUUUGGCCGGGAUUUAAACAACUUCCGGCGGUUCAAAAAAUGAAAUUUGCCGAGUUUCCCGUUUCUAAUCUUCGAAAUCGUUUUAGUAUGUUGACCGAAUUGGGAUUGGGAUUACUUUGUAAAUUUUUAACGUACGAUCCCGUUCAACGAGUUACAGCUGAGGAUGCUUUGAAACAUGGUUAUUUCAAUGAAGCUCCACUUCCUAUCGAUCCUUCCAUGUUUCCUACUUGGCCUGCUAAAAGCGAACUUGGACAUAGAAGAGCUAUGGCAGCUAGUCCAAAACCACCAUCUGGUGGAAGAGAAUAUAAACAAUUAAGAGCUGAUGGUGAUGAUGAUGGAUACGGAUUUAGGAUUGGAAUUUCAGCUGCUGAUAGUCGAAGAUUGGCUAUGGGAGGUGGAUUUAGUUUGAAGUUUUAAUUAUAUUUAUUGUAUAAGUUUCAGCAAAUAGUUGCUAAUUUUGAAUAUUAAUAAA